AGAUGACAAGAAAGGGUGGGAACGAGUCAAGUCAGAGUUGUGGUGUCAAACCGGAGCCACAGAAAUGUGACAAGCAGCAUUGGCGUCUAAGAGUGUUUCGUUGUUGUCUUUUUGGAUUUCUGUGUGAAGGUCAACAUGAGCUGUGGACGACAAGUCGGAUCAUUUUCCGCUCAACCUUUUCGUCAACGUGGGGGUACUUAAGGCCGCUUUGUGAAAUCGAUGGAAGACAUGAUACUAGUUUCGAAUAACACCAGCUGAGAGUUGGCGAUCGAUCACCGUGGCUGCAGCCAUGCUGGGCUCUCAGAAGGCCAGCCUGGAUGAGAAUGCCGUCUUCUUGCAGGUAAACCCAUCCUCUCCGGAGUUCCUAUACUCCGAGUUGGAACGGCAGUCGGUGGAGAAGCUCCUCAAUGAAGGUCCCAAAGCUUUCUAUUAUUCUGUCGGUGCCGAGCUUUUUGGUUCCUUCCUCUCUCCUGAUGAGGUCGAAGAGAUCACUGGUUGGGUUCAGGACUUUCAUUUUAACCCGUUACCAAAAGAGGAGAACGAAAAAAGCAACCCAGACACCAUGGACCUCACAUCCUCCUACUUUCCCUCCUAUUCGGAUGCACCCGCUCCGGGUUUGGAGCUGGGCUGGCCGGAGGCGCCUUGGGUGCGCAUGGAAAAUGUUGCAGUUUAUACAAAUCCUCCUGCUGAAGGAGAACCUCCCAUUAGAUCGGUCAUCAGAAGGCAUCUGCAGAAGGCCAGCCAAGUAAUUGCCAUUGUGACGGACAGGCUGACAGAUGCUACUAUAAUUGGAGAUUUACACAAUGCUGCCUCCAGGGGCGUCCCGGUCUACAUCAUCCUCAACAAAAGGACCAUUGAGGAAAAGUACACGCUUCACAGGCUGGGGCAUCCGAACAUCCGUGUUCGUCUUCUUGGAGGUAAAAGCUUCUGUUCCAGGAGAGGAAAAAUGGUGGAGGGUGAGUUAAAAGACAAGUUCCUUCUGGUGGAUUUAGAGACAGUACUUCACGGCAGCUACAGCCUCACAUGGACUGACGCUCACUUACACCGACAACUCAUCACUGUCGUCAACGGCGCAGCCGUCGACACCUUUGACAAAGAGUUCAGGACCCUCUUUGCUGCCUCUGCACCUGUACCGAACCUGUGGGAGUUUGCCGCUCCCCGCUUGGAAAUUCCUCAGCAGCGAGUAGACUUCUCAGACCCCAGCCCACCGAGACAUUUUCACAUGAAAUACGAGAUCCAAAACCCUCCUUCACCGCCGAUGGACACCCCGCUGGACUGGGAAGCCAUGGGUGUCUACCCCAGAGAUAGAUUACCAGACAGUCCUCUUGAGACCAAAGAGGGACAAUUCCUUGUGUCCAAGGAAUCGGUCUUGCAGACAGACAUGCAGAUUGACAGAUUGACACCUGUUACAGACUCUUUUAUUCAUAAUGGAUACAAGCCUGUGACAACAAAAAGGACAUGGGAAAGUUCUCCAGUGACAAGCAAUAUGCCAGAAAACUCAAAGACUUCCAAAAAUGAACACAUAACUUUAUCCAGUUGGAGAGACCAUCAGAUAGAACAACACGCAUCCCGGCAGUUCUCCAAAGAAAAGCUCAACAAUGCGGACGACAGAACACCAACAAGGUUUGAAGACAAAGAUGGCGACUGGAGGCGAAAUCAGUUAUUUUCCUCUUUGAAUUAUAAACGGCGCUCACGGUAUGAGACCAACGUGAGGGAGGAGAACAACACAGAUGACGACAUCAGGGCCAGUAUAGAAAACAAAGCCUCCUCCAGAAAACCUUUAAUUCUGAGGGUCCCUCAGUCUGAGAGCUUCAACUCCCUGGAUGAUCUCAUGAAGAGGUUCAGGCCUCAGCACAACAAAGCAGAACUCCUCAGAAGAGGAUCUAAGACCACCAUGUCCGAAAUGACGCACUCCAUGAUGGAUCUCCGUGUGGAUGCACCCGGUGCUGAAAGAGUUAAGGAUGACAGAAGACUAUCACUUAAUACCAACCAGAAUUUCGACCCGGACCAGAUGACACCAGGAUUAAUGCUGAUGAAGAGGAGGAACAAUGUCGUAAAAUCCGCCUUACAAAGGAUUCCACAGACGUUUCAACCUAGAGAGCGACCUCGCAGCUUCGCCCUGGAUCUGACCUGGAAGCCUCUGAGGGAGACAAAGGGCGAGGAGGAAGAAUGAGCAGAAGAAAAACUGGAAAACCUCGAGAUGUUACCUCUGUAGUGUUAUACACCCAAACUAGCAAAUACUGACUGGGACUCCAAUAAACAGUCUUGUGUGAA